AUGCAGCUGUCUGACAUGGGGAAAAAGUUACCACAGCGCCCAAUCCGAAUCAGUGCAUGGAAACUUGCUAAACUGGAUUCUAAUGAGGCAAUUAAAGCAGCUGCAAAAGCUAGAGCAUCAUCAUCUGUCCUUCGUCCGGUUAGUUCUCGACAUCAUCCAUACGAUGCUGAUCAUUUGUCCAGUACUACUGUGAGUGGAAGAACCAGUCCAGUCAGCACCGAUCAAGAGUUUCACAGUAGAAAUGCUAGAACUGGGGCAUCGAGGUUAUCUCCUCCUAAGAGCUCAUAUCCACCUAGUCGUGCCAGCAAGGAAGAUAUUGAAACAUGCAAUCAAAGCAUUAGCAACCUUAGCAGUCCUCAACUCUCCAACAUCACGCCUUCGCUGCUGGACCGGCAAACUGUACACGGAGAUCACUUCAAUCCUAUUUAUCAAUCAUCAGCAGAUCAAUCUCUUUGCUCAACAAAACAAAGUGAGCAUAACAAAAAUGCAGUUUGUGAGAAUGUAGCACAAAUCCCUUUGAGAAAUAACAACUUGGGUCUUUUAGAAAACUCAAGAUCAUCAGUCUUCUGGGAUCAAGAUGCCGGCCGUUUUGUUUCCUCAUCUUCCAGAGGUCUUGGAACAGAGCUGUCGUACACAGGUCAAUCCAUUUUCUUUGGUGGUCCUGUUGUGAAUGAACAACCAAUCAGAGGGACAAGAAAUUUGAGCUCAGUGGCUGCUGGUCUGGAUAGAGGUUCUACAUCAAGUUAUUAUCAGCAGAGAUCACAUAGGGGCGGCCAGCUUCCUGUAUUUGUUCCGAGUGAUUCCCGUCAAAAUCAAUUCUCUUCCAAAUUGCCAUGA